GCGAUUGGCUGAGGGUGCCUGGCCACGCCCCCGAUAACGCCCAUCACUAGGAAAGAGGCAGCCCUACGAGAUUAGUUAGUUGAAAACGGGCGAUGGAUUCAGAUCGGUGUGACGAUACUUCCAGUCUGCUCAAUUACGGUCUGGAUAUCAAACCAUUGAAAAUGGUAGUGGCCAGCAAUUCCGGGCCUCGACAUACGAUUGAUAAUAUUCUAGGACUUCCACGCAAAGACGAUUCGCAUCGGGACAAAAGUUCACUCAACAACGAUGAAAGUGCAGGCGAGGGAAGCUGCAACUCGAAUGACGGGGUGUCGGAUUUGCGAUACGGAAAGAUUGGAGGAAGCGGAUCCGAAGACGAGGGCACGGCCAAUAACUCGGGGUUGUCGGAGAGCGACGGCUGCAAAAAGAAACAUCGACGAAACAGAACAACAUUCACGACCUAUCAGCUACACGAGCUGGAACGCGCCUUCGAGAAAAGCCACUACCCCGAUGUUUACAGCAGGGAAGAACUGGCCAUGAAAGUCAAUUUGCCGGAAGUUCGAGUGCAGGUUUGGUUCCAAAAUCGUCGUGCCAAAUGGCGAAGACAAGAAAAAAUGGAAGCAGCCCGGCUCGGUUUGAGCGACUACCACGCAGCUGCCACUUUAUCCAGAGUCGGAGGCUCCAGCCUCACUUUGCCCAUGGAUCCUUGGCUAUCGCCGCCCCUGCUCUCCGCCCUUCCAGGGUUUCUGAGCCAUCCUCAGACCGGCUACCCCAGUUAUCUGACGUCGCCCAUAGCGGCAGAAUCAGCGCGGCCGCCGCCCCCGGUCGCUCACUCUCACUCACCAAGUGCCGCCCCUCCGGACCUCCGAACCAACUCCAUUAACGCCCUGCGCCUCAAAGCCAAAGAACACGUGGAGAGUAUCACCAAAGGGCUACAGACGGUUUAAUUGUGUAUAGUGCAGCAUUUGUAAAUAUUUUCCUCUUGUACAUUGUUGUGUAUAUUGUGAUGCUCCUGUGGAUCAAACACUGGACUUAGAUAUUUAUGUUCCUUUUUCUUAUUAUACUAUUCAAUGUGUUUGGUUUAUGACGAUGUAUAUAGUAUUAUAUAAGCGAUUUUACAUAAAUAAAUCAGACAAAGUACGGGCAA